AUGCUCGCUAUAGAUUCUAUGUUAACGGCAUGGGGUAUGCGCACCCAACAUUCCUGGAUGCUAUGGCUGAAGACUUCAUCCACAGAGGAGCUACUCCAUCUGAUGCAGAAGCGCUCGCUUAUUUCGAUAAUCGGCCAGUUCGGUCCAAGCUUCACUUCUCAGCACAGGUCUAACAGCUGUCUCUACCUUCAAACUGAAUCAAAUGAAUACACUCCGGAAUUCCUGAACAUUAAAGUGCACAAGAAGGAAGAGAGGGUAAAGAACCUGACACUUUACAUGUCCCCAUGUUCAAAGCUCAUUGCUCAGCGCAUCCUUUCAAUUUUACUUUUUUCUAAUGUGGUAGCUUUUAAGAGGCGCGCGUAUAAGGCUAAAGCCAUUUUAAUUUCACCUAAUUUAAGUUUGAACGAUCGCGUCGUACUUUGCCCCCUAGCUCAAAUUUUCAAAAAAUCGAUAGAAUCGAUAAAACAGUAUUUUAACGAUUUUAGUUUCGCUUCCUUAGUCAUUCUGAGCUCAAAGUCAUCAUCCGAAAGCGUGACCAAUUCUGAAAUGGUAGAUUACUGUUGCUCAAGUGGCACAAGCGUUGUUCUUACUUAUCUUUUGAGCAGAGUCAAAGAUGCUCAAGCCAACGAUAAUUUUCGACUGAACAUUCUUUAUGUCAUAAAUGAUUGGGCAUAUCAAUGCCAGCGGAAACGUCUCGAUUCACAAACGCAAAUGUUGUCGCGUUACGUCCCGCAGAUGUAUGCUUUCACUGUGGAAUUAUCUACAGAUGCUCUCAUGCAGCAAAAGUUGGACAAACUAAUAGGAGUCUGGGAAGGCCACAAAUAUUUCAACGAUCAGUGCUUUAAGCAACUUCGGAAUCCCAGUCAAAUUUAUUCUUCAGCAAAAGCUGUACAAGCUGCGGAAUAUGCCAAGUUGGCUGCUGAUAUUGAAGUCAAUCUGCAAGCAAUGUAUGCUGGUUACGAACAGCAGCAUAAAAACUAUGUUCAACAUAUCAUGCAACAAAUCGCUCAGAUCGACAUGCAGAUUGAGGCUGAAAAGGAUCGCGCUAGAGGGGCCAUCCCUUCUCUUCUAAGUGGGAUGACGAGAGAGCCACCUCCAAUGCCGGGACCUGGACUUGGACCUGGGCCAGGUCCAGGACCAGCUCCUGGAGUGCCUGGACGUCGAUCCAGGUUUGAUCAGCAACCCGGGCCAAUGCCUAGCAAGUCACAAGAGGAUUACGGCCAGUUCUUUGCUCCUCCCCCUCGAGUACCACCGAAACAGAACUGGAUAAAAGAAGAGAAAAUCCCCGAUGGAGACGAUAUCGACGGUCACCCUUUCAAUGAGGAGGAUCUUAUUCCAAGUGCGAGAUACUACGAGUUACCCGCUGGCAUUAUGCUUCCACUCAUGGAAAUUGAACAGUUUUCGAACUCAGCUUUCAUCGUUUUUUCUACCUCAGUCUCUUCCCUUGUAAGUGGAGCAGCAGAUGGAAGCAUAUCAACAGAAAAUGACAUUGUCAUUGCUCAAAGUGGAUCUGAAAUUGUAAUUAUCGUCCGAUUUCAAGCGAAAACAAAACAAUUGGCGAUCUUAAAUGAGGAGCAGUUCAUCAUCUUCGUAUUCCUCAAGAUCAUCCAGAUCAAGUUCAUCCUCAUCUACUGGAUCGAGGAAUCAUUGAACCAAUUGGGGGCGGCGAAGUUCGCGAUAGACAGGAUCAGUAUUGCUUUAGCCUCUCCCUUUAAAGUAUUGUUGGCACUUUUCGAAGAUCAAGUAGGGAAGCGUCAGCAAUUCGUUGGUUGCCCGCAUAGGGUUUUCUUCGAUACUCAUAGGAAGAGUGAUCGCUUGUUAGUGUCAACGAAAGAGGAUGUUUUUGCAUCACUUUCUGCGAAUACUGGCCAAAUAGUUUGGCGACGUAUACAGGAAGAUGCGAAAGGCCUUGUGCUCCCGAUGGUUGUGGAUGAUAAAGCCAUCUACACAGUAUCCGAUGUUGGUCGAGUUCUCAGAGUGUGGAAUAAGAGGAACGGCGCUUUAUUAUGGCAAAAACCACUCAGCGAGAUCAUUCAAACUAGCGUGCAACCGAGCAUCGUUCUGAUGGAACAGUCACUCGUUGUCGCUAGUUCGAAAAAAGUAUUUUGCUUUUCGAAGCAUGGAAACUUGAAGUGGAGCCAUGGUGUACAAGACAGCCAGUGGUCAAAGCUGAGCGUUAUAAAUGAUCUUGUUUACUACUUAUCUAUCUCCAAUGGUGUACUGACUGUUAGAGAAUUUUCUCUCAAUACGGGUGAUGCAAGUGCUCCCAGAACAGUUGCUAUAAAGUCGAAUUCGGGUGAUAAGUGUGUCAUAGUACAAAAUUUGCUCAUAUGUGGACAUAGCGAUUCGCUACUUACUGUGGAUUUCACUUCAGCAGCCUUGACUUCAUCGGAGAAGGCCACUGAUUGUAGUAUAAGAUCUCUGAAUGAUUUGGAUGAACACUACCUCUUUUUGAAAUGCUCUACAUCUGCUAUAAUCUUCGGUGUAGACAAAAGUAUGAUUGAACAGAAACUCGUUUUGCAUCAUCGUGUGGACACCGCUGCUGUCACUGCUGAAGUUCUUGUUGUUAUCAGUGGAAAAACGGUCGAAGUUUAUAACGUUCCCACAAUGAAGCAAAUGUUUAAGACCGAACUGCCUUCAAAUGGGGAUCACGCUCCUAUUACUGCAGUUUAUCUUUCCUCGAAAGAUUUUCAUGAAAUAGUUACUGUAGGAGCCGAUUGCAGGAUAGAGUUCCUUGUUAUCGACGCAGCAAAAUCAUCAGUGGUUUCUGAAUGGUCAAGAGAAGAGAGUCUAGCGCGUAUAAGCACUGCGGAAAUGGUCGACCUCCCUUUAUCUGAGUCCCAACAAAUGAUAGAAGACGAAUUUGAUGAAGGAGGAUCAAGUCUAAUGUCGUCUUUCAUUCGUCGAUUGAUAUCGCAAGCGUCACAGAUACAGAAAUGGCUUUUCAAUACUGUCAACCAGAUUUUCACAUUUUCGUACAUGCUUACAACACGAACAAAUUCGUUCUCAAAACUCAUCGAUCAUGUGCGAUCAGCAGCUAAGGCAAAUUACCAGCAUGGAGAGGUUUUGGAACGAGACUUUUUCAAUUUACGUAAAAUGUUAGUCAUUGUUUCUUUGGAUGGUGCGAUUUUUGGUCUGGAUAGCAGCGAUGGCUCGGUCGUUUGGAGCCAUUGGUUAGGCGACAAUUUUGCGCCAUUGAAGAAUACUAUCGGAAAGGAGGAGGUACCUUUGUUCAUCCAUCGAUCAACAGCGCAUUACCAACGAGGUGGACUGGUAUCUGUUGUGUUCAGAGAUUUAAUUUCAUCCGCUGGUGUUUUGGUAUUUUUUGAUCCGAUUACUGGGGAAAUAAAGGAUAGAACGCAGUUGAAAUUACCGAUAAAGCGAGCAGAUGUACUAAGUUUCGCUGGCAAGGACUAUGUCAAUCCUUUGCUAGUGGUAACGCAAGAUGACCAGGUGAUGAUCUUUCCUUCUCAACCUGAUGAAGUGCUGAGCGGUGCACCUCCAGUGUACAUCUUCGACAUUGAUUCUUCGCGCAUCUCUGGGGCCAAAAUUGAUCUGGUCAAAAAGCAACUCAUCAAGACUUGGUCUGCAGAUCUGCACCUUGCUCCUUCCGAGCAUAUAAUAAUAGUGAAGGGGAAGCCGCGAAAUCAAAAAGUACAUUCGCAGGGACGUGUGCUGAUUGACCGCAACGUUCAGUACAAAUAUGCCAAUCCGAACUUGGUAGCGAUAGCUGCUCUCGAUUCUGUCCAUCAGUAUUUGUCAAUUUUCCUCGUGGAUGUCGUUUCUGGUCAAAUGGUACAUUCCGCACGCUUAGCCAAAGCUGCCGCACCUGUUCAUCUGGUACACUGUGAGCACUGGAUUGCGUACUCAUAUUGGUCGGAGAAAGGAAGGCGGACAGAAAUUGGUGUACUCGAGCUCUAUGAAGGUGGCGAGCAAACUUACAAGGAUCGUUUCGAUUCCCUAACUCCAACGAAGCACCCGCCUGAGGUCCUAUCCCAAAGCUUCAUCUAUGCUCAGGGCAUUCAAGCAAUGGGAGUGAGUGAAACAGAAAAGGGACUUACGACAAGAUCUUUGUUGUUGGCAUUACCGUUAGGAGGAAUCCACGAAGUGACCCGAAAACUGCUGGACGCGACCAGACCUCUUGAGCUGACUCAAGAAAUGCGAGAAGAGAUGAUGAUACCGUACAUGCCUGAAAUUCCCAUAGCAACAGAGGAUCUGGUAAAUUACAAUCAGACCGUGCAUGGAGUUCGAGGGAUCAAAACUGCGGCGUCAGGUUUGGAGUCUACGAGUCUUAUGCUGGCCUAUGGAAAAGACAUCUUCUUUACUCGAUUAACUCCUUCUGGCACAUUUGAUAUCUUGAAAGAUGACUUUGACCAUGUGCUCAUCAGUACAGUCUUAUUCGGGCUCAUCGCUGGCAGUAUCAUUUCCAAGAAGCUGGCAAGAAAUAACGCACUGUCGGCAGCCUGGACUUAGAUCUUCUUGAAGUUAGGUACGGGAGCUAUCGUGAAAUGUGUCUGAAGUCUAUUCCUCCUUUUAAUUGUACACGUGUUUUUCCUUUAGUUGAAGUAUUCA